AUGACGGUGCGUGAUCUCGGCUCGAGGGAAUCGCGCCUUCCCGUGGGUGCCUUGACAUCGCGGAGGACCUCGCGAGGGCCGUUGGCUUCCGAUGGGACGGGGGUUUCGAGGCUGAUGUUUCGAAAUGGUGAUGAGAUACGGAUUAUCUCGUCCACCAUUCCUUAUUUAUCCCUCAUUAUAUCUCAACACAAUUAUAUCUUUGAUCAUAUCUCAUCGCGAUCAUAUCUCGGAUUAUCUCACAUUAUAUCUCACCACGAUUGUAUCUCAUUAUAUCUCACCACGAUUGUAUCUCAUUAUAUCUCACCACGAUUGUAUCUCAUUAUAUCUCACCACGAUUGUAUCUCAUUAUAUCUCACCACGAUUGUAUCUCAUUAUAUCUCGCCAGUAUUAUAUCCGUCAUUAUAUCUCGCUAGUACUAUAUAUCUCGUUAUAUCUCACCACGAGUGUAUCUCAUUAUAUCUCGCCAGUAUUUUAUCUCUCAUUAUAUCUCGCCAGUAUUAUAUCUCUCAUUAUAUCUCGCCAGUAUUUUAUAUCUCAUUAUAUCUCAGCAGGAUCAUCAUCUUACCCGCUGCCUCUCUCUCUCUCCCCCGCAGUUUCCUCGACCGCGUACACAUAGUCCGGCAGAACGACUACACCCCGACGGAACAAGAUAUUCUGCGGUGUCGAGUCCUCACCUUAGGCAUUUUUGAGACAAGAUUUCAAGUAGAUAAAGUUAAUUUCCAUAUGUUCGACGUGGGCGGUCAACGCGACGAGAGGCGGAAGUGGAUCCAAUGUUUCAAUGACGUCACGGCCAUCAUCUUCGUCACCGCUUGUUCCUCCUAUAACAUGGUCCUCCGGGAAGACCCCAGUCAAAACCGGCUGCGGGAGUCGUUAGAUCUCUUCAAAAGUAUAUGGAACAACAGGUGGCUACGCACAAUCAGCAUCAUCCUGUUUCUAAACAAGCAAGACCUCCUGGCCGAGAAGAUCCGGGCUGGGAGGAGCAGGUUAGAAGAUUCUUUCCCUGACUUUGCUCGGUAUCAGACCCCACUCGAUGCUACCGUGGAACCAGGAGAAGAUCCAGAGGUGGUGCGCGCAAAGUACUUCAUCAGGGAUGAAUUUCUAAGGAUAAGCACGGCAAGUGGUGACGGCAAGCACUAUUGCUACCCUCACUUCACAUGCGCCGUGGACACGGAAAACAUCCGCCGAGUGUUCAAUGACUGCAGGGACAUAAUACAAAGGAUGCACCUCAGACAAUAUGAACUUUUGUGAUGGCCAGUAGGUGUGGGUACUGCGGGCGGCAACAGUAUAGCUCCGUGCGAGCGAGCGAGGCAGGCAGGCUGGGUGGAAUGGGGCGGGGGAUCCGGGAGGACGGAGUGACCCUCCCCGUCUAGUCUCCUCAGAGGAUGGUUCUCGCUCCCUCAGGACUUCCUCCCCCCCUCUUCGCCCGCUAAAGCUCCUCCUGCGCCUCAAGCAUGGCACAACAUCAACUUUCCUCAACCCAGUUUUUGGUUUAGGUCCUCGUUUUGUUUUCUUACAAAAAAUAAAAUAAAAAAAGAUAUGAACGCUACAAUGUGAUUGUAGAUAUAGAUCAAUGGUAUCCCCUCCCCUGCCCCUGGCCCCCUGCCCCCAUCCUUGCCCCUUUCCUUUUCCCCUUGUCCCUCCUCCCUCACCCACUCCCUUCACCCCCCAAAUAUGGAAGAUCUCUAUAUAUUCAUGAAAUAAAUCUUCUCUUGCUCUAUCUCUCCUGGAUGUGUGCAGUGGCUGCCCCAAGCCACUGCUCCACAGGACUCUCUUGUGAUGCAAAUUCAAGCUCAAAAUCUUUCUCAACUUCUUAACCACGGAGUACUGACUGCUUCACAGUACUCCGUGGUCAAGUUUCUCCCACUCUCACUUCCCCCACUCUUUUCUCUCAGAAACAUUAUGGCCUCUCCUCUGAGCAAUUAGCGGAACUCUCCUUUUUUCCCCGUGAUAGAUAUCGAUACCUUGGAUGAUGAAACUGGGAUACUUUUACAUGGACAUACAACAGAAUUGUUCCAAACGUAGACUACUUAGCGCGUGAUGUAUCCUUGUCAAGCAUAUUCACCCCUCCCCCCCCCCCCCCUUUCCUCCUCCAGCCCCUGUUCUACCUUUGCUCCCUGCCCCUUCCUCUCCCCCCACCCCCUCCCCUCCCCCAAUCAUCGGACUACCUUUGCCGUUUAUCCCCCCCCCCCCCCCCCACCCACAGAUGAUCUAGUUUCCACCACAAUGCCACAUUGGACUCCUAGCCCCCCCCCCCUCUUUCAGUCCCUCCCCCUCCCCCUCCCUCUCCCCCUCUCCCUCCCCCUCUCCCUCUUUCUCUGUGUCCUACUCUUUUCUUCGUCCUUCUUCCACUUUAUCUCUUUCUGUUCCCCCCCCUCCCCCUUCCCCCCCCCCCCCCCCCCAAGCCCACUUGGAUCUACUGUAUGUGCCCUGUUUUCCACUCCCCCCUCCCCCUCCCCCUCCCCCUUCCCAUUUCCCAGUUUAGCAACUGCCCAACUCUUCAAAGUUAGGAGUAUUGUCAAUUGAUUGUGUGCAAAAUUAAAAAAAAAAAAUCUCUUGAUUUAGAAGUCUUGUUUCACAAAAAAUAAAAAACCUUAAAAAAAAAAAAAAAAAAAAAAAUGUUCUGUCUCAUGCUUUUGGUGUCCAUAUUUUUUGCUAAUUUUAUAAAUAUAUAUAAUAUAAUAAUAUAAUAUAAUAUAUAUAUAUAUUAUGUUGGUGGUAUGUGAGCCUAUAUUUAUGUCGGAGGGCGUGGAGUGCGCUCAAAAUCUUCGCCCUGUCAGUCUGUCGUAGGCCUGGCAAUUUUAUGAGUUUUUAUCUAUUUCUAUUUAUUUUAUCUGUCAAACACACCAGAGAACUGCUUUUGUGACUCUUUGCUUUUGUGGAAGAAAUCUCAAUUAGAAGGAAUUUAUUUUGUACUUUUUUAAUUUAUUAAGUAAUAAGUGCAACCAAGUAGACUGGUGAUAAUUAUUUGUGUAGACGUGAAUGUGUUUUUAAAGACCCACCAAAUUGUGCUAUAACAACUGAGUUAUGGAUCAGUUUUUGCAACCAAAAAUUUUUUUUUUUUUCUCCCUCCCCCAAGCUUUACAAAUUUCACUACUGAGUAGUCUUUAAAAAAAAGAAAAAAAAAAUAAAUAAAAAUAAAAACUUGUGUUUCAACUGCUGGCACCUCUCUCUUCUGACCCUCAAGAGGCAUGUUUACAUCCAAUUCUCUUUGGUUCCAGUUCUUGCCGUGAGGCCACGCAGAUCUUGACCAAACCUCGGGAAGGAGCGGCCAUUUCACGCUAACUUUCUGAUAAUUUGUUUUAUUUGGUCUUUUGGUUUGCCUGUUCUUUAUCAUUGUUAUUACUCCAAUGGAUGUUUUUUCUUCAUUUAUAUUGCAAUUGUUGUAUUUUGGUCUGCAUUGCGUUGGGUGGCAGGAAGGCGAGAGGUGCUGGCAUACAGGAGGGCGUGAAUGAACCCCCCUCUCCCUAGCAGUGAGGAGUGGGAGCCCAACCGGUCGCCGCACGCCUUGGUUGCCUCACUCGGUUCCGGGCAGGAAAGGCGGCCUUGGCCUGGGCUCUCAAUCCUCCACGUGAUGUGCACGCUGUAUUGGCCAGCAGUGCAUUGGCAGAUGGCAGCAAAGGAGGCUGUCUUUGCUGUGCUGAAUGUAGGAGUUACGGAAAUGAAAAUGAGUACUAUACAUCUGUCAAAUGGUGACAAGUGAAAGAUUUUUUUUUUUUUUUCUUCUUUUUUCAUGUAUCUUCUUAUUUUAAUCCUUUUAUUUUCCUUGUCUUUUUUCAUGUUUUCCUGUGUAGGAUGAGGAUGUCUGAACAACUUUGUGGGAAAAAGAAGUUUACUUGAAAAGUGCCAAUAUUGUACCCUAGGCUGAGAGCAUAGGUGUAGCGGUGAGUUUGACGCACCAAUUGUGUGAGUUUGGGCGGUGGUGUUGGACGGCACCGGGUGGUGGUGUUGUCGCAGGGUUGGUGCCGUGAGUCACUGUGGUCAGUCUAGUUGGUGGCUGGGGGGAGGGAGCCAGGGCCCCCCGUGCUCCCUGGAGCCCAUGGCCCCUCCCAAACCGCCAGCCAUUCCGCAACAUGAUAGCCGUGGUAAUAUUGGAUUGUGGUUCUGAAGCCUGAUGGGUUACCCACAACCACAUCAAUAUCGUUUACCACGCACCUUAGUUAGGUGGCUACCGCUGUGGUCCCUCUACUUUGCCUGUACAAAUCCCUUGUUUAGUCUGCCCCCAGGGCAUAAACACCAGCUUGUGUUUUAUGUUAGAGGCUUGUGUAGUGCGCCUAGAACACCAGAUUGGUUUAGCUGCGCUUCAGUCCCAAAUAGUCUCCAGGGAGCAUCCCCCCCUCCCACCACCUCCACCUGCCCCUCCUCCCUUUGAGCUCCGCCCCUUCCUAGGGAUCCCGUUCUCCUGGCCUGCUCUCCAUGCCACGUUGCCUCUGCUGGCAUCCCAUGGCUGUCUCCCUGCCAUGCUGCCCCUUCUAGCUCUGCCCACUCUAUUCCCUACAGCCCCUCCUCCUGGUACCCCUCCCUCCCCCUUCCCAUCGCCCCUCCCCGGCCCCCGAGAAACCCUGCCGUGAUCCCCCCCCACCCCCCACGAGUCCCCAAGCCCUUUAUGGUUAGCAGGUAACGUUAAUGGCCUCCUGGGCUGAUAACCCCCUGCGACGUCCCACCCGUAGAGACCAAGCCCAAACUGGUAGCCAACUCAGGCGGGAGGGAAAUUCUGCUCGGAACUUGCCCCCCCAGCUUGAUCCUUCUAUCGUCACAAUCCUCCCCGUGUAGUUAUAACCUAUUAAAAAAGUGUUACAGAAAAUUAGAAUACCUGAUUUUAUGUAAUUGAAUGUGUUUAGUUAAUGUAUACCAGCUCUGUGUAUUGCUUUGUAUCAUGGCUAAAGUGUAGGCAUACCUCUGGUUUAACAGUGAAGCAACAAGAUCAGCUGCAGGAGUGGUGUGGGUGCGGGGCCAGUCGUCCUCCCUUUCCGACCCCUUCCCCGGGGGCUGUGGCCUGGCGAGCGUCAGGCCCCUUGGUCGGCUGUCCCCCUUGGGUCGAGGUGCCGCUUUUGGAGGUGCAGGGGCUCCGCACACCCCGGGGGCUGCCCGUGGGCUGCCAACUUGUCUCGUCUCCCAGUGUUGGUGGCCCACUCACCCCCAGCUGCCCCCGCAGGUAAGCCCGCCCCUGCACCCCCACUCAUGCACGCCCACCGCGCCCGCACCACCAUAACACGUGGAAGCGGUUACUCGGAUCCUGGGUUAACAUUACUAUCCUAGCACGUCAAAUAUAUAUUUCAGAAGUAUAUUUCAGAUGAAUUUAUUCAAAUGCUGCGUAAUGGUCACUGUAAAUUGUGUAAUUGUGAAUAAAUUUACAAUGUCUUAUUUACAAGAA